AGCGGCGGGCGAGCAAAGCCAGCUGCAAAGAUGGAGGAGAAGAGGAAAAGGAGGAGGUGGUUGUGGUUAUGAAGGGUUGCCGCGGCAGGACAGCCGGUUAUAGUUUUCUUGUUGGAGAGGGGAGGGAGGGUCAGGAAGAAAUCGAUCUAGGGUAGGCCGGGCCCAGUAAUUGCAGCUUCCCAUCCUGCACGCACAUCUGCAAGGAAAGCAGCCGCAGCAGCAGGAACGCGCCAUUUUUCCCCGAUCUUCUUCCAGAUUCUCUGAUUUUAUCAAGGACUAUUUUCAGCUGAUCAGUGAAUCCAUGAGAGAAAAUUCAAACUGAGGGCUCCCAAGAAGGAUUUCCUUUUCUCUUCAAGGGAUGCUCUUACAGAAUUGGCUAAACAGAUUGUUCUGACUAUCAAUCCCCAUCCGUAAGUGAAGGUGACCUACCAUAGGUCCAGAUCUGAAAACCAAAGCCUUCUCCUUCCUGAUUUGUCAUCAAUCGGCCAUUUACUAAGAAGGAAAACAUGAGUUCCAAUAAUGAAUCAGAUGGAGUUUCUGGACGUGAGCCAUCAUUGGAACUCCUGUCACGGGCACAGAUCCACGCCAUACCUGUGCCAGCCAUCAUGAUCUACAUGAUCAAGUUCGACAAUGGAAAAAAUUGCCCAGGAUGCUUAUAUAAUAAUCUUCCUUGGUGAUUUCAGGAUUGGUCUACACACAUGGCAAAAUGCAGUGGGAAUGAGACAGUAGAAUGGACUGUGCCACUUCAGAGUACAGCUAUGGACUUGAAGCCCGUUCUUCCCAUGGUGAUGCAGAGUUCUUGCAACAGCAACAGCAGCCCAGUGGAUUUGCGGAUGGAUUCCCGGUCCAAUGUGCCCACUAUGGACCCAACUGUCCGGGAGCAGCAGUUGCAGCAGGAACUACUGGCUCUGAAACAGCAACAGCAAUUGCAGAAGCAGCUGCUCUUUGCCGAGUUUCAGAAGCAACAUGAGCACCUAACACGGCAGCAUGAAGUCCAGUUGCAGAAACACCUCAAGCAGCAGCAGGAAAUGUUGGCAGCAAAGCGUCAACAAGAACUAGAGCAACAGCGUAAACGAGAACAACAGCGACAAGAAGAGCUGGAGAAGCAGCGUCUGGAGCAGCAGUUACUCAUCUUACGCAACAAGGAGAAAAGCAAAGAAAGUGCUAUUGCAAGCACUGAAGUGAAGCUGAAACUUCAAGAGUUCCUUCUCAGCAAGUCAAAAGAGCCAACUACAGUGGGUGGCUUGAAUCAUUCCCUCUCCCAGCAUCCCAAAUGCUGGGGAGCUCAUCAUACCUCAUUGGACCAGAGUUCCCCUCCCCAGACAGGAAGCCCGGGAACACCAGCCUCUUGCAAACUACCUUUACUUGGCACUUACGAUAGCAGAGAUGACUUUCCACUCCGGAAAACUGCCUCAGAACCCAAUUUAAAAGUGCGCUCACGAUUAAAACAGAAGGUGGCAGAGAGAAGAAGCAGUCCUCUGUUGCGGAGGAAAGAUGGGACAGUCAUCAGCACCUUCAAAAAACGAGCGAUUGAAAUCACAGUGUCUUCAAUGUGCAACAGUGCUCCUGGAUCUGGCCCAAGUUCCCCAAACAGCUCCAACUGCGCCAUCACAGAAAACGGGCUUACUGGGUCAGUGCCUAAUAUACAUACUGAGAUGUUGCCACAGCACCAAGCUGUUACCGUGGAUGGAUCAGCUAGCCAACUUAGCCUAUACACUUCUCCAUCACUGCCCAAUAUCUCCUUAGGACUCCAGACAACUGUCACAGUCACAAAUUCACACCUCAAUACCUCCCCAAAUCUAACCACACAGCAAGAAGCAGAGCGCCAGACCAUCCAAUCAUUGCGCCAGGGAGGUGCCUUGACAAGCAAGUUCCUCAGCAUGUCUUCUAUUCCCAGUUGCCUUCUGGGAGUUGCUCUUGAGGGAGAGACCAAUAAUCAUGGGCACGCUUCUUUGCUUCAACAUGUCCUGCUUCUGGAACAGGCUCGGCAACAGAAUACACUAAUUGCUGUUCCUCUGCAUGGCCAAUCCCCUCUAGUGACAGGAGAACGCAUCCCCUCCAACUUACGCACUGUAAGCAAGUUGCCUCGACAUCGUCCAUUGAGCCGCACCCAAUCAUCCCCAUUGCCUCAAAGCCCCCAAGCAUUGCAACACUUGGUUGUGCAGCAGCAGCAUCAACAUUUUCUGGAGAAGCAGAAACAGCAGCAAAUUCAACUGGGAAAGAUAAUCACUAAGACUGGUGAGUUGCCACGACCACCUACUACACAUCCUGAAGAAACAGAAGAGGAAUUGACAGAACAACAGGAAUCUUUGGGGCUUGGUUCGGGCCUGGGCCAGGGGCCCUUUGUGCUGGAUGGGUCAAUAGAAAAUGAGGGGACCCAGGAUGGCUUGGAUGAACAAGAGGAGGAUGAAGAAGAAGAAAAGAGGGCAGCCAAAGAACAAGGCUGUCUUCGAAUGAAAGAUGAAGAUGGAGUGAACCUGCUGGAAGAAGAACAGGAGGUUGAGGAGGUGGGAGUUACUUACAGGCAGGUAUUUGCUGAUGCGCAUCAGUUAAGAUCUGUGCAGCUCUAUCAAACUCCCCUGAGCAUCAGCCCUGUACCCCAUCAAGCCCUUAGCCGUACCCAGUCUUCACCUGCUAGCACUAGUCUGAAGAACAGUACACCUGAGCCUUUGGUCCAUCACCUUUUCACUACAGGUGUUGUUUAUGACACGUUCAUGCUGAAGCACCAAUGUACAUGUGGAAACACUAAUGUUCACCCAGAACAUGCUGGGAGGAUCCAAAGUAUUUGGUCCAGACUACAAGAGACAGGAUUGCUAACCAAGUGCGAGAGAAUCCGAGGCCGGAAGGCAACAUUGGAUGAAAUCCAGGCUGUCCAUUCGGAACACCACACAUUACUAUAUGGAACAAGCCCCUUGAACAGACAAAAACUUGACAACAAGAAAUUACUAGGUCCCCUUAGUCAGAAGAUGUAUGCUGUCCUCCCGUGUGGUGGAAUCGGGGUUGACAGUGACACAGUGUGGAAUGAGAUGCAUUCAUCCAGUGCAGUCCGAAUGGCUGUUGGCUGUUUGCUGGAGCUGGCCUUUAAAGUGGCAUCAGGGGAACUUAAGAAUGGAUAUGCUAUCAUCCGACCACCAGGUCACCAUGCAGAAGAAUCUACUGCUAUGGGCUUUUGCUUCUUCAACUCUGUUGCCAUUGCUGCUAAGCUUCUACAACAAAAGCUUGCCAUCAGUAAAAUCCUCAUUGUGGAUUGGGAUAUCCAUCAUGGCAAUGGAACCCAGCAGGCAUUCUACAGCGACCCCAGUGUUCUGUACAUUUCUCUCCAUCGUUAUGAUAAUGGAAAUUUCUUCCCAGGCAGUGGAGCUCCUGAGGAGGUUGGCAGUGGGAUGGGUGUAGGUUACAAUGUAAACAUUGCCUGGACUGGUGGAGUGGAUCCCCCUAUUGGUGAUGUGGAAUAUUUGACAGCCUUCAGGACUGUGGUGAUGCCUAUAGCCCACGAGUUCUCUCCAGAUAUGGUCCUUGUUUCUGCUGGCUUCGAUGCUGUUGAGGGACACUUGUCCCCACUGGGUGGAUAUUCUGUCACAGCCAAAUGUUUUGGGCACCUGACCAAACAACUGAUGGAUCUAGCAGAUGGACGUGUUGUCCUAGCUUUAGAAGGGGGUCAUGAUCUGACUGCCAUCUGUGAUGCCUCUGAAGCCUGUGUCUCUGCCUUGCUUGGCAUUGAGCUGGAACAGUUGGAUCAAGCUCUGUUGCAACAAAAACCUAAUUCAAAUGCCAUAGCUACAUUGGAGAAUGUCAUUGAAAUCCAGAGCAAACACUGGAAUUCAGUGAAAAGUUCUGCAGCAAUUGUUGGCUGCUCGUUGCUGGAGGCGCAGAAGGGAGAAGCAGAAGAAGCGGAGACCGUCAAUGCGAUGGCAUCACUGUCAGUGGACACAGAGCAGGGAAAAGCAGACUGUGGUGUCCGAUCAGUAGAAGAGCCAAUGGAGGCUGAACCAGUGUUGUGAAGUGCCAAGACUUCAAUUUCUGUAGCUGUCACUCUGUGGGUUUAAUUGAUCAUUUGUGAGUUCGUUAAAACAACAACAAAAUUAUUAUUUUUUAUCUAUUAAAAAGAAAAAAAAAGGAAAAAAAAGAGUUGCACUGGACAAAAUGAGCCUCUGUGUGUGUGCGUAAUCGCGUCAGUCUCCAAGCAUUUGUUCUCACCAGCAUCACCAUUUUGUCCUGACUCUUUGGAGAUUUGUGAAGGAACUUGGUAAGGGGGCUUUUCACAUGGACAUCUCCAUUAUUCCCUUUUCAGAUGUCAUUCCCUCCCCCCAUUCCUUCCUCCAUUGGACACUAAACCUGUCCCCUUUUUUAGGACUGGAAAAGCCGUUUUGCUUUUUGAGGAGAAAAAAAUACUUUCUAUCUCUUUGUCUCUCAUACCUACAGUUAAGUAAGAAGUGUCAAAGAAGUGUAUUUUUCCUCAAUAAUUUUUUUCCAGUGUACACUUGGAUCCUAAAUAGUUAUUCAGAAUCUUGAAUCUGGAUGCCAGAUUCUGCGCAAGGAAUUGUUGGUUUUAAUGAUCUUAUUGGUCAUCUCCAACUCUUGUAAUUCAAUUUCAUUAUCUCUUUCCUCUUCUACAUAGGUGAAUAUAUAAUUUUUCCUCCUUCAUUUGUUUGGAAUGAAAGAGAAAUGGAUUGCAGACUGAACUAAGGGACCCACAGAUGCCUCUUGCAUUUUAGAGUCUAGAACAGGAGAAUUUUCCUAUGCAGUACGGAGCCCCAGAGGUUCUACUAUCCUAGGCAAGCCAUCCAUAUUUACAGUUUGCAUUGAGCCAGACUUGCCCACUUCACCCUUUUCCUAAAUCUGACCCUGAAAAAGCAUUCCUCUCUCCUGGGUUGUUUGCAAAAUGAAUUGGGGUUGAAAAUCCCUCCCCUGGCCCUGAAUUUUCAAAUGCCUUUUCCCCCGACUUUGCCAUUUUUAAUGUUUUCAUUCUCUUUCCUAUCCCCAAAAUAGAUUCAUAAAUAUUUGGAUUUAAUGCUACCUUUGUUGCCUAAAUCUCUAUUCAUCUCAGCACUAAGCUGUUCCUCAAUUUAUAUAGUUCUGGUUAAAGCUCUAGAAAAAGCUCCCAAGGUAGGGAGAAAGGGGAAAAAGUGUGCCUUUAAGUCAUUUUUGUUAAUGCCUUAAUUUCUUUGUAAGUUCAUUUUUACACCAUCCCUCCUCAGUCCUAUCCCUUUUUCGUUUGCCAUCUAGUUAACAAUUAUCCUACAUAAAGACAGAAAGGAAUCACAUAUAUAUCCCCAGCCUCAAUGCAUGUUUUGGCCCUGAUCCUGUACCAGGCAUGUUCAAAGAAAUCAUGAAUAUCUCACCAGCCUGGGGAUCGUUGUGGAUGAGCAUUAACUCACUUCCAACACAGUACAGUUCUGUGUGACUGCAUUAUCACUCAGCUGUGCUUUGAUUUGCACAUCUGAAUUACAGUAUAUGUCCUGUUUAUGCCUGCAGUUCUCAAUCUGUCAACCGAUAUAUGCGAUAUAUGCGUGCAAGCCUAUUUACAAAG